UUCCUUGCUUUGCCGCAGACCCUGCAAACAGGUCGAGGGCACCAUGACUGAGUAUCACAAACCACCGAAACAGGUAAGAAACCCUUCUAUAGCUCCCUCGCGCAGCGCUGGCUUCGCGGCCAGUUGCUUCGUGCUGCCGCGGCCGAAUGUCGAGCGAUACUAAGGAGACGGCGGAAAUCAUGCCUAACCGCGGCCGCUGCGCGUCAGUGGCAAAGCUCGCGCGGCCCCGUUGCACGUUCCAGCGCUGCUGGCAGCCGUGAGCGCGUGCGACGGACGGCGCAUUCACUUGUUGUGCGCACGGCGGAAGGCCGGCAGAUGCGCGGUUAGAUCUGCGCCAUCGCGGCCCGCCCACGCCGCCGCCGCGGACGCGCCGCACACCUACCACACACACGCUACCCCACACCCCCUCGCGCGCGAAACGAACCAAAACUAUGCAUUCCGUAGGCGAAAGUCGCCAUCCUCACGGCCGGCGGCCUCGCGCCGUGCCUCUCGUCCUCGGUCGGCUUUCUGAUCGAGAAGUACACAGCUAGAAACCCCUCCAUCGAGAUUAUUUGCUACAUCUCGGGCUACAAAGGGUUGCUGUCGGGUGAGCACGUCAAGGUCACGGACGCCGUCCGAGAAAACGCGUCAGUAUUACAACUCCACGGAGGAAGCCCGAUCGGCAACUCUAGAGUGAAACUGACCAAUGUCGAAGAUUGCGUCAAGCGCGGCCUGGUGGUGGAGGGAGAAAACCCCUUACACCGCGCGGCCGAGCAGCUGAUGAUGGACCAGGUCACGAUCCUCCACACCAUCGGCGGCGACGACACGAACACGCAGGCGGCCAAGAUCGCCGAGUACCUCGAGGGCCACAACUACCCCGUGACGGUCGUCGGCAUGCCGAAGACGAUCGACAACGACGUCGUGCCCAUCAAGCAGUCUCUCGGCGCGUGGACGGCGGCCGAGGAGGGCGCGAAGUUCUUCGCGAACGUCGUGAACGAGCAGUCCGCGAACCCGCGCAUGUUGAUCAUCCACGAGUGCAUGGGGCGGGACUGUGGCUACUUGACGGCGGCGACGGCGAAGGCCUACAUGGACUCGUUGCACGGCUUACCUCUAUUACCUGGGUUGAAUCUCACCAAACAAAGAAAAUGCCUCCAUGCCGUCUACGUGCCGGAAGUGCGCAUCGACGUCGACGCCGAGGCUCGUCGACUCAAGAGGGUCAUGGACACGCACGACUGCGUGAACAUCUUUUUGUCGGAAGGUGCGGGCGUGCAUGAUAUCGUCGCGCAGCUCGAAGCGCGGGGCGAAUCCGUACCUAGGGACGCGUUCGGUCACGUGAAGCUCGAUAAAGUCCAACCUGGGGCUUAUUUUGCCAAACAAUUUGCGGAGAAGCUCGGUGCGGAGAAAGUGUUGGUCCAGAAGUCGGGCUACAUGGCGAGAGCGGCCCCGGCGAACGUGGCCGACCGGGCCCUGAUCAACGCCUGCGCGACGCUCGCCGUCGAGUGCGGCAUCAAGGGCAACUCCGGUUGUAUUGGUCAGGACGAAGAACGAGGUGAUUCGCUGCGGGCCAUCGAGUUCCCGCGCAUCAAGGGCGGCAAGGCCUUCGACGUGCGGGUCGACUGGUUCCAGGACCUGCUGCGCCAGGUGAACUCCGUCUGAUUGUUUUUAGCCCCCCACCCCCGCCCCGCAAGAAGCGCGGCGGGGAGACCAUCCUCGACCCCCCCACUAAAUUCGUCGAAUCCA